AUGCUGCUGCACAUGAGCGCGGAUUAUCAUCACGUGGUUGAUGACUGUGAAGAGGCGUGGGUCGCGUGGGCGCGUUUGAAGACGCUGUACGGCGGGUCGCAGAAGGCUGGACGCAUCUACUUGAAGCGCCAGCUGUUCAGCAUGGAGAUGGCGGAAGGCGGCAAUGUGAUGCAUCAUUGCAACGAAGUCCUCAACAUCAGCGCGAAGCUCAGCAGCAUCGGCGCCAAGAUGGAGGACGAGGACGUGGCGAUCUGCUUGUUGCGCAGCCUCCCCAAGAGCUACGAGAACGUCGUUCUCAACUUGGAGAUGAGCAGCGCGGAACUGCGAUCGCGAGACGUCGUGAGAGUGCUCACGAAUGAGCACAUCAAGAGACAAGGUGACAAGACGACAUCGGUGAAGACUGAAGACGCGGCGAAGGCGUUCAGUGCCGAGCGUGAACCUCGCCAGUGUACAUACUGCGGAAAAUUGGGGCACACGGCGGAGCGGUGCUGGACCAAGCAGAAGGACGAAAAUCAAGGUGGAGCUCGACGCGGCGGCAACAAUGCUCGUGGACGCGGAGCCAACAACGUUCAGUGGCGAACCAACAGCAACUACGAUGACAACUACGAUCGAGUUGCGUUCGCGGUUUCGCUGGAGGCUGGACUUUCGACGGGCAAGAAUAUGCCAGGGAUGUGGGCAGUCGACAGCGGUGCGACGCAUCACAUCUGCAACGACAAGGCCAAGUUUGCAAGCCUGAAUGAGCGAGAGGAAGGCGAACUAUCAGUGGCUGAUGGCAGCAAGGCUGCGAUCAAGGGUGUGGGAACCAUCAUGGAACGGGUGGUUCUGCCCAAUGGUGACGAACUCGACAUCGAGAUCAAGGACGCACUGUUCGUACCAAGUAUGAGCAAGAAUCUGCUUUCGGUGCCACAGAUCAACAAGGGUGGCAGGUUCCAAGUCGUGUUCGAUGGAUCCAAGAUGCAAGUGAAGCGCAAGAAUUCCACACAAGUCGUGGCAACAGCGGAUCUCGUCGAUGGACUUUACUGGCUGCGGACUCCUCAACGAUCGGCAAAUGCAGCAACACGCAAUGGGACCAUCGACUUGCAUGCGCGCAUGGGUCAUGCACCCCUCGAAGUUCUGCGCAAGAUGGUGGCCACUGGCAUGAUCAAGGACGCCAAGGCACCUCUCAACUCGACUGGUCCAAGUGUGUGUCGCGGUUGCCAGCAAGGAAAGAUGGUUCAAAAACCAUUCCCAACCAACCGUGACAAACGCCAAUAUGGUGUGUUCGAGUUGCUGCACUUCGACAUCUGCGGGCCAAUGGAACAAGUUUCGAUCGGCGGCAGCAGAUACUUACUGCUUGUGGUUGACGAAGCCAGCGGUUGCAUGAAGGGCUUCUGUCUGCGGUCCAAGUCUGAGAGUGAAGACUGUAUCAAGAACCACAUUAUCAAGAUUCAAACUCAGUUCGGCACGAAGAUCAAGUUUGUUCGGCACGAUGGAGCGCAUGAGUUUGCGACCAACUCCAUCAAGACCUUCUACGAAGAUCAUGGUAUUGAACAACAGAUCACGGUGCCGUAUGCACACCAGACCAACGGCACCGCAGAACGCGCGAUAAGGACCAUCGUCACGAUCGGACGCAGCUUGUUGCAUCAUGCAAAGCUGGAGAAGUGUUUCUGGGCUGAAGCGGCAAUGACGGCGAUCUACAUCAAGAACCGCCUGCCUUCACCCAAGAUCGACCACAAGACUCCGUUCGAGAUCGUGUACAAGUCGAAACCAAGUGUCAAGCACAUGCGCGUGUUUGGAUGUCGGGCGUUUAUCCUGACACCAAGGGAGAAGCGAUUGAAGUGGGACCCGAAGGCUUGUGAAGGGAUGUUCAUGGGCUACGAAGAAGCGUCAAAAGCUUAUCGAGUGUACGACAUUGAGGCGGGCCAAGUGGUGAUCAGUCGUGACAUCACCUUCGACGAAUCGACUUUUGACUUUUCGAUGGACCGACCAAGUGACGAUGAUGAAGAUGCGGAGUUGGACCUCGACCUCCUGGCGAUCAACGAGGACGACGUGCGUCAAACCGUCUACAAGCAGACUGGCAAGCGCAAGAGUGAAGCAAGACCCGGCAUGUCACGGUCAGCUCGCCCUCGAACUGGGUUGGAACAAGCAAGUGCGCCGGAACACGUCUCCAACCGUCACCAGAAACGACGAUCAAGUGCUCCAGAAACGAUGUCUGAUGACGAAGAAGAUGCAAGCGUGUACGAUCAAGAUGACGACUCGACGCCUCCAACAUUUUGGCGUGCAAGUGCAAACGCAGUGGAAGCAACGGACCUAGCAGAACCUGUGACUUUUCAAGACGCGAUCAAUGGUCCUGAUCAAACUCACUGGCGAAAUGCUGUGAAGGCGGAACUCAAGUCGAUGCAUCUUCGUGGAGUUUUCCGUGCGGCAAAACUGCCAAGAGGCCAAGGCGCGAUCGGCACCAAGUGGGUGUUCAAGAUCAAGCGCAAAGCGGAUGGAUCGGUCGAGAAAUACAAGGCGCGUCUCGUUGCCAAGGGCUUCAAGCAGAAGUACGGCAUCGACUACACAGAGACGUUCUCGCCCGUGGUCAAGUACGUGACACUGCGUAUGGUGAUCGCGAUCACCAAGUAUUUCGACUGGCCACUGGACCAACUCGAUGUGGUGACAGCCUUUCUCUACGGAGUGAUGAAGGAGAAGGUGUACUGCGUGAUACCAGAAGGCGUCGAGAUGGAUGGCGACUUCGACUGUCUCGAGUUGGUGAAGGCGAUCUACGGUCUCAAGCAAGCUUCACGUGUGUGGAACGAGACUUUCGACGAGUUCGUAUGCUCCAUCGGUUUCGAAGCGUCGGCGUUCGACCCAUGUCUCUACAUCAAGGUUGUCGACGGUCACUGUGUGCUCGUGCUGGUCUACGUGGAUGACGUGUUGGUCACCGGCAGCUCGCUCGAGUUGAUUGCGCAGACGAAGGCCGACCUCAAGACGCGUUUCGAGAUGACCGACAGUGGCAAGUGUACUUUUGUACUGGGCAUCGAACUGGUGGACGAAUCGGAUGGCAGCGUGACAAUGUGCCAGCGACGGUAUGUCAACGACAUCCUCAAGCGCUUCGGCAUGGAGAGUGCAAGGCCAAGCAAGUCUCGGUCGACUUGA